CGCACGUGGAGCGAGCUGUCGAAAUUUAGCUACAUUACAAUUCUGCACACAUGGGACACGUACAUGUGACUAUUGCGAAUGCGCUUUAGAGAAGGAAAGAUGGCAAGUGCAAUAGUGACAAGUUUGAGCUGGGUCAGACGAGGAGUGGCUAAGGCAGUCCCUGACAAGGUAGAGCUGUCGAAGGAUGAACUCAAGUUAUUGAUUGAACAAGGUCAGAGGUCAUUGGAAGAUCUGAGUCUGAACGACGACGAUGAAGAUGGAGAUGGAGCUACAGCCGGGGACGAAGGAGAUGGAGAAUGGGAGGAUGUGGAGGAGACUGAAGGAGCACAACAAGGAGAUGCGGUCGAUAGGUUGUACAAGAUGGACGACUACGACGGAGAGCCUGAUGUUCCUGAUGUGCAUGGCUCAGGAUUUCAUAACUUUGCCGUCUAUGCUGAUAACGAUGAUGAUCCUUAUAUUACACUCAAAGAAGACAGAGAGGAAAAUGAUGAGAGAGAAGACACAAAUAUCAAACCUACUGACAACAUGAUUGUUAUAGGAAAGGCAUUGGAGGACUUUACUAAUCUAGAGAUUUAUGUGUACAAUGAAGAAGAAGGUGUGUUGUACGUUCAUCAUGAUGUUCUAUUGCCGUCAUUUCCCCUUGCCUUGGAAUGGUUGAACUUUGACCCCUUGGAACAACAACCAGGUAACCUAAUAGCCGUUGGUAGCAUGACACCUGUGAUUGAUGUAUGGGAUCUUGAUAUCAUGAAUGCUGUGGAGCCGGCUUUCACCCUUGGCAAGAAGAAAAAGAAGAAAUCAAAACAGAAACCAACUGCUCCAACGACUGAUGGCCAUAUCGAUGCUGUUCUGGACCUGUCCUGGAACCGUCAUCUUGGCCAUGGUUUGGCCAGCGCAUCGGCCGAUGAAUCAAUCCUACUUUGGGAUCUGAAUCAGAGCAAGGCGAUAUCAAUGCUCCAGAAACAUACAGAUAAGGUUCAAACCAUCGAGUGGCAUCCAUUUGAAAUGCAGUCGUUGUUGAGUGGUGGGUUUGAUGGGAGGAUUAAUGUAUACGAUUGCCGUAGUGAUGAUAGCUUUAAGACUUGGUCCGUUGAUGGCGAGAUUGAACGGGUAUUAUGGAAUCACUUUCAACCGUAUAACUUCCUGGCAAGCACGGACAAAGGUUUUGUGUAUAACUACGACAUCCGUACCGACAAGCCCUUGUUCACGUUACACGCUCAUGAGAAAGCAACGACGGGUAUCUCCUUGAGUUAUACCGUUCCUGAUCUCCUAGUGACGUGCUCGGCAGAUAACUCGUAUAAAGUUUGGGACACACAGGAUAACAAGCCAGCUCUAGUGGUAUCCAAGGACCCUAAAAUGGGUAUCAUAAACAACGCCCUCUUUUGUCCCGAAUCUCCAUUCCUUGUGGCCAUGGGAGGUGAGAGGGACAGUCUACGUCUUAUGGAUCUAUCCCAGCAUGCACCAGUCGUGAAGCGGUUUGGAGAGCGGCAGAAAGAUCCCGUCAUACCAAACCCUUCGGAGUUGGUGCACAGAGGUCAAAGGUCACAAGGGGUCGAGAGCGAAGAAGCUGCAGCAGAGGCAGACACCAUGGAGACGGGAUCAGAAGCAUCAUCAUCGACGGCAUCAUCGGCUUCGAAAAGCACAAAGAGGAAAAAGAAGAAGAAGAAGAAAACCAAAGAGCCAAGUGACUGAAGUUAGGCUUUUUUAUUUUUUGAUGAAUCAUGGAAUAUUUAUUAAAAGACACUUGCUUUAAUGACUUGAAUGAUCACAAUGAAAACUGUUUGAGUUGUCACACCACAUGGGAUUUACGUGUGCUUGGCUUAUACAAGCAGAUGUUCUAAUCCUGACUGUUGGCCGCACAGAAACGUUAGCGCAAACAGAUUGCUAACUGUGCAGUAGGCUCCAUCACAUCUUUCGCAUUGUGAUGUCAAACGUUGAUCAAAGACAUAAGUAGCAUGUUGUUGUCACAUUGGGCAUCGCUGCGACAUUACCGUUGGUAACGGGGCCUCAGUUCGUGCUGACAAAUUUUCUCUGCGAUCGGUACAGAUUGUCUAACACCAUCAAGCUGUCCUGUCGCUACUUCGCUGUGUGGACCAGGCCGAUCUCUCUUGGGAAGUUGCUGGGCAGGUGAUAGGUUGGAUACACAGCUAGUACAAAAGCAUUAUGCUGGGUAUCUUCCGUUGGUAGCGAUCACGUGCAGUUGUUGAACGCCGUGGUUGAACGUGCUAUCACUAAUCAUUUUCAAUAUUAUUAGUUAAGAUUAUGCAAUGAUUUUUAAAGAAAAUUUCUUCAAUAGCACAUAUACUUACAAUGAAAGUAAGAAUGCCAUUGUCAUGGUGUGAUUUUUAUGACUGUAUUUUAAAAACAAAGUUUCUUCAAUUGAUUGAAAAAUAAAAAUGGACUAUUCGGAACUCCAGUUGAAUCACCCUUGACAUUUCAUUGGUCGAUUUGCUGAGUGAUUGUUAAAGGGAUGGUCCGGGCUGAAAAUUUCAUUUGACGUCGUUAUAACAAAAAACUAAGUUUUUGAAUUUUAAAGUUUAUCAAUAUUUUAUGAAAACAGUUGUAUGCACAUCAUCGUGAAUAUUCAUUAGGUUGGCUGAUUAUGUCACAUCCCGACUUUCCUAUUUGUUACGUUACUACAUGAAAUCAUGAAUGUUUCAUUUUUUUCAUGUUUAAUUGACGUGUCUCCAUUAUGAUGAAAUAAGUUGCGGCA